CCGCUAGCCUUUAAGCUUGUCAUCACUUGAGUCACUUAAAAUGACGUGUUUGUUUCAAAAUCGGAUAAUAAUCAUUGACAUUGGCAUCGGUGUGAUUUAAAAGAAAUAUCGCGAAAUUAAUGAAAGAACCGAAAGCGGAAGUAAACAAAGGUGGAAAUACCGAUGGUCUAGGCCUACUGCCAAGACGAACAGACGAAAGUCGAACUGGAAGACAGAUGAAGACGCCAAAGGCCUAUUGUUAAUAUAGCCUAACACCAGGUUGGACUGAAGACUUCUAGAAAAUUACUUAUACAGGUAACCUGGACAGACUGCUCAAACUUAAUCAAUGUCGCCUGUCAUCGAAGGACUGUGACGGCGGAUUUGUCGAGCGGAUCUGCCGUGAACCCACCGCAAACUUGCCGUGAAUUCACUGCUAGCACCCCGCGAACACCCCGUGAACAUCCCGUGGCUACGAGCGACAUGGCUUAAAAAUUUCUGCUCCCGCAAGGUUUGAGUAGCAAAUCACCAUCCCAGUACUGUAAACUAGUAUCAACAUUAUCUUCUGUCCUGAAACCAACUAUAAGGAUGUCUGCCAAGUAUACUUCCACCAAAGAAACAACUAACUAUGCCCGGAUAUGUAGACUGGUCAUUGAUGUCUUCCCUGACGUCUUCAGAGAGUUACUCGUCACUCGACUGCCAUCUGGACUCCCUUAUGUACUUUCCAGUCAAAAGGGUCAGAUUAUCUCCCAGUUGAAUAGACAACAGAAGAAAAUGCUUUACCCCUCGGGUGGAGUGUUGCAAGGUUCUGAGAAGGAUAUGGAUGUUUCUUUGCUUUAUAUCCUUCUAAGGAAUCUAGGGAACAUCACUCCUCAUGGAAAGGGUUGGGGUAAUGUUCCAGAUGCUGCAGACCGUUGUCUGUCAGCAAACAUUGAUCGUUUGCGUAUACACAGAAAUGAGAUGGGGCAUGCGAAAAAUACGUAUCUUUCUGAUGGAAAUUUUAGGACGAGGUGGGCCGACAUCCGUCAAAGUGUUGAGGACAUACAGAACAGUGACCUGAAGACAGGGAUGUUUGUACAAGCUGUGGAUAGUAUACUGACCAUGACCAUGGACCCAGAUGUAGAGAGGAAGAACAUAACUCUUGUAAAGAAGAUAGAAGGGGAAAUCAGUGACAUGAAAGAGAGACAAGACGAGAUGGCAACAGACUUUGAUGAUCUCAGAGGAACUGUUGAUGAUGUGAGUGAUGACGUUGGUGCUGUUAGGAAAGAUGUUGAUGCUGUGAAGGAAGAUGUCAGUGCUAUGAAGGAACUCUCAUUGACAAUUGGAGGGGAAAUUGCUGGAAUCAAAGAUCAGAUGACAACAGAUAUGGAUAACCUAAGAGGCAGUGUAGAUGCUGUGAGUGAAGACGUUGCUGCUGUUAGUGAAGACGUUGCUGCUGUUAGUGAAGACGUUGCUGCUGUGAGGAAAGACGGUGUUGCUGUGAGUGAAAACGUUGAUGCUAUGAGGAUAGAUGUUGAUGCUGUGAAGGAAGACAUUGAUGCUGUGAGUGAAAACGUUGCUGCUAUGAGGAUAGAUGUUGAUGUUAUGAAGGAAGACAUUGAUGCUGUGAGUGAAGACGUUGCUGCUAUGAGGAUAGAUGUUGAUGCUGUGAAGGAAGACAUUGAUGCUGUGAGUGAAGACGUUGCAGCUGUGAGGAAAGAUGUUGAUGCUGUGAAGGAAGAUGUCGGUGCCAUGAAACAAUCUUCAUCCACAAAUGAAGGAAGGAAUCCUAAGUUGAGAGCUGUGAUAAAAACAACAAGAUUAACAACCAUUGAUCAAACCUCAAAACCAGAGGUGAUCUCUACACAAGCCUUGGAAGACGCUAAAGAAAUGAUCAGAAAGAACAGCAUUGUCCUCAUCAAGGGUGCCUCAGGGGAUGGGAAGACUUUGAUGGGUUACCAACUAUUGAAGUGGCUAAUGGACGGCGAUAAUAAUGAUGCUGGACUGUCAAAGGAUCCUGUCCAGCUUUACAGCAUGGCCAAAUGGGAUGACAUUGUUGAGCCAAACGCACAAUUAGCUGUAUAUAUUGAUAAUGUUAGUGGGGAAAUCGCUGAAGAUUUGAAUAAAAGGGAAGACUCGAUACACUCGACAUUUUGUGGGGAACUCAAUAAUACAUCAAAUUGUUUAAUACUAAAUGUUCGAGAUGAAAUUUUCAAAUCAUUCAAACAAAAUAUCAUUGAUUUGAGAGGUAAAAACUGCAUAAAAAAUGAAGAAAAAAGACUUAUUUUAGAAAGUUAUGUCCGAGAAAUUAAAACCUUUCCUCGUGGAAAGGAAUCUGAAAUCAUCAACCUUGCCCCAGAUAUAGGAUUUCCACAGUGUUGUCGACUUUAUAGGGAUGUUCACAGCUUACAAAAACAGGGGGUUAAUUUCUUCAAACAUCCAUUUUAUUUCAUGGAAACAACUUUGAAGAAAUUACCAAAGGAACACUUUUCUGCUCUUCUAUUUCUCUUCCUCAAUGAGGGUAGGGUUAAGAAAGGGGAUUUGGAUCCUAAAAAUAGUGAAAGUGUUGACAAGAAAAAGCUUGAUGAAGCUUUCCAGGGAAUUAAACUUGAUCAUGCAGACAAAAUCAGAUCUUUGCGGAAAAGUUUAGAUGAAUUGAUCAUCUCUGGAUCUCUGAUUGAAAAAAGAAAAUAUAAUCCUUUUUAUGAUGAUGAUCUUUUAAAUUUUGAUAAUGAUGAUCUUUUUGAUUUUGAUGAUGAUGAUGAUGAUGAUGAUGUUGGUGAUGAUGAUGAUGAUGAUGAUGAUGAUGAUGAUGAUGCUGCUGCUGCUGCUGCUGAUGAUGAUGAUGAUGAUGAUGAUGAUUCAAUUUACAAAUUUUGUCAUGAUUCUGUUCAGGACACUGUUGCCCUUUUGUAUGGCAAGGACACAAAAAUUGGGUUUAUAGAAAAUUGUCCCCGAAAGUUCCUCCACUAUAUAUCAACAUCAAAACCCACAGCUAUCAAAAUAGUUAUAUCAUCUAGUAGUAAUGACAAAUAUAAACGUUUGGCCAGAGAGUGUAUGUAUAAACGUUUGGCCAGAGAGUGUGCAGCUGAUGUCCAACGUGACAGGAGUGAAUUGUAUAACCGUUGUAUCAGAGUGUGUGAAUCUGAUGCCCAUAUAGUAUCUGACUAUAUAGUUAGAUUAGAUAUAUGGACAGACACCCUGUUUCUACAGGGAUUUAUUAGAUGGCUAAGUGGUCAGAAUUAUGACAAUAACUUAUGCUACCUGACAAAAUGUGGGUUGUUGAAUGGGGCAUGCUCUAUUGGUUUAGAAGGUCGUGUCUCAUGUCUCCUUUCUGUGGGUGUCACACCUGACAAUGAUACACCGUUUAUUGUAGUGAAGGGUGGGAGUGUACAACUACUGCGUCAACUACUGAAGUAUGACGUCAUUCGUACAGCGAGGGCACGUGCGUCACGAUCAUCAUAUGGUCAUGCUGGGAUUAUCAAUGUCCUACACGAGGCGUGUUUGUUUGAAAGAGAAGAGAUGGUGACAAUGUUGUUUAACAAAUAUCCACAAUUGGUACAUGAGACUGAUGAAUGGACACAGAAGAGCACGCUCCAUUUUGUGGCACUGACAAGAAACUGUGGUCUAUUUCAGACAGUGGAGAGAAUGAUACUUAAAUCCUUGUGUAGAGUUGAGGAUGUACAACAUAAGUGUGAGACAGAAGAUGGUCGUGUGGUGCAUAGGAGUUGUGCGUGUGGACAGUACAUGUCACAGUUAGUGGACAAGGAUGGGUGGACAGUGUUACAUUAUAGUUGUGAGAGGGGACACUGGGAGCUUAGUUUAGAGCUGUGUAAGUUGUAUCCAGCACUAACUACAGCUGUAGAUAACAACGGGCUGACAAUAUUACAUUAUAGUUGUAUGAGGGGACGCAGGGAGCUUAGUUUAGAGCUGUGUAAGUUGUAUCCAGCUCUAACUACAGCUGUAGAUAAGAACGGGCUGACAAUAUUACAUUAUAGUUGUAAAGAGGGACACAGGAGGCUUAGUUUAGAGCUGUGUAAGUUGUAUCCAGCACUAACUACAGCUGUAACUAAAAACGGGCUGACAAUAUUACAUUGUAGUUGUAGUCGUUUUUUUGGAGACAUGGAGCUUAGUUUAGAGCUGUGUAAGUUGUAUCCAGCACUAACUACAGCUGUAGAUAACGAGGGGAAGACAAUGUUAUAUUAUAGUUGUAUGAGUGUUGUCAGUGAGUUUAGUUUAAAGCUGUGUAAGUUGUAUCCAGCACUAACUACAGCUGUAGAUAGGGCCGGGAAGACAAUAUUACAUUAUAGUUGUGAGUGGGAACGCAGGAAGCUUAGUUUAAAGCUGUGUAAGUUGUAUCCAGCACUAACUACAGCUGUAGAUAACCGUGGGUAUCACUGUCUACAUCACAUAGCCAGAACGACAUUAAAAGUAGACUGGUUCACUAAGUGUGAACGGCACGUAAAACAGUACGUAGAGACAACAGGAGGUAAGUAUGACAUCACGACCAUACUUACUAAUGACGGUAAAUCUGUUUUAGACCUGGCAAAGGAACGGACAGAGAUGAGGAAGUUAGAUAGCAACCCUUUGUAUGAUCAUCUUGUCAAAGUUUUUACUUAAUAAAGAAACAAAUAUUUAUAUUUCUGUACACUAACUUGUGUAACAUGAUGACGAAAGGAACGAACAGAACACAGGAAACCUUUUGUAGGACCAUCUUGUCAAGUUUAUUUGUAAAUAAAAGUACUUAGAAAUAGUCACACUUCUUUACCUUCAGUACAUUAAGUUGUAUAACAUGGUGUAGAUUUAAACAAAGCUUAAGUUGAAGAAAACUGUUUAUUUUCGUCAUUAUUCACACCCAACACAGACUGGAGGGUAGGAUAGGGCCCAACACAGACUGGAGGGUAGGGUAGAGCCCAACACAGACUGGAGGGUAGGGUAGAGCCCAACACAGACUG